AUGCCACAGAGGGGCAAGAAGAAAGGCAGGGCCGCUGGCGGCGCGGAUCCCCGCUCCCUGCCGCUGACACCCGCCGCUGCCAACUCCUCCUCUCCUCUAAAUCAUGCACCGAACAACAUGGAAACAUCCACCGCGGCAGCAGCAGCGCUACCCAGCCAAGCCGCCCCUCGCCCCGCUGCUCCCCUUUCCUCGCCGCCGCCCGCAGCCUGCGCGGUCCCCGAGUGUCCCUGGCGGCCGCCGACACCCCCGCCGCCCUCCGACGCGACCACCCCACCCCCCGUGGAAGCGGCAAUGCCCACUAAUCCCUCCCCCGCUCCGCACACGCACACAUCUCCGCGCCGCUCCCCGCCCCCGGAGCGGGAGCCCGGCUCCUGCGGGGUGGGCGAGAUCGCCGCUGCCCGGCAGGAAGAGCUUCCCCGCGGCCGCUCCUCCUUCCCGCCGCCUCGGCCGCUCGCCCUUCCAAGCAGGAGGCGGGGUAGUGGCGGGGGAAAGCGGAGCUCGCUGCCAGGGAGCUGCCGCUGUUCGUUCGGCUCCGCUCGGUUCGGCCCUGCCCGAGUUGCCGACAGAGCAGCGGAAAGGGAAAGGAGUGCACUAGCAAGGGCCGAGCUCGACCGGCUUUUAAAUGGUCGGGCGCCGCGGGCGUGGUGCGGCAGGAAUAUGGCGGCCCGUCUCCCGCCGCCGCUCCCGCUCUCUCUCCGCCCCGCGGCGCGGUGGGGGCGAGCGGCCGGGGCAGCCGAGCCCCCGCCCGCGCGGGGCCGCCCCCAGGGCCCCCCUGCCGCGGCGGAGGAGGAGGGCACGGGAGGAGGUGCGGGGAGAGGCGGAACGGAUCCUCACGCCAAAUGGCUGCGAGGAGCUGUGCGUGCUCCGGUUUGUCCUGCCGGGCAGCGCCUUGCCUAACGCCGUAUUUGUUUUCGAUUCCUUUGUUUUCAGUCGUGGGCACGCAUUUUUAUUCAGUUCCCAUCCUAGGAGAGAUGAGUUGGGUUGGCAGGGACCGGCGGAAAAUGUGGCCGGCUGAAAGGAAGGAAGCAGUAAGGAGACGAAAAUGCCUUUUCCACCUUUGGCCGGAAUGGGAAGGCAGAGCUGGCACACGCACCCCGUCAGGCACCCGGAAGGUUUGGUGCCCUGACUCCCUGCUGGGAAGGCAAAGCGCUGCGUUGGGCACCAGCGCGCUGGGGCACCCCACGGAACGCCGCCGGUGUGGCUGCGAGGGGUGUCGUGCAGAGAAGCGCGUGUGGCAGCCCCGCCGUGCCCCCCAAGCACAGCACGGAGCGGGACGCACCAGGAGCCAAGCCAGCCGUCCACAGCGCUCCCGCUGCCCGCUCCAGCACCACCGCCCACCAGCCGCAUGAUUUGGCUCCUUAACCGUGCGCUGAACUGAUCCUGGUGUAUUGUGUUGGGUGGGAAUUUUGUUGGUCGUUAGGGUUUGUUGCUUGCUUGCUUGCUUGACUGGGUAUUUUCCCAGAGUUUGCUGUUAGUUUAAGGAUUUGCAUUGUCUUUCACAAAGCUUCGGUCGACCCUUCAAUCCUUCUCAUGGAAAACGUCUGGUAGGCACAGUGUGAUCCAGACCACCGCUUCUGUGGGAAUAAGCUGCCGGAUCACCUGCAGGAGCCAGUUGUUCCUGUAUUGUUCUGCACAAGUCUGGUGGAACAGGACCAUAAAUUUCAACCCUGAAAAAAAAACAAAAACCCAAAGCAAAAAAUCUCACCAUGCUUGACAUAGCCACAUGACAAAUUGCAUUAAUAAAUUGGCAGCGUAUGAGCUGAUACUACAGUAAUAUGGCCACUCACUGACAAGGAACACUUAAGUCCUCAGUACUGGCACCUGUUCCUCUGAAUCUUUUGUUCUAUUGUAUUGCUUUUACCAUGAAAUGGAUGCCAAUUAGGCAUCCAGGCUUAUUAGUAUUUUUAUUAUUUUACAGUUAUAUAGGUUAAAAUCUCCUCCCAAAAGUUUCAGCAAAGCCUGUGAUUAAGUGUUCAGCCCAGGAUACAGUAUGGGAGAUACUAGUCUUCCACCUCCGUGACGUAAAUUAUAAAUUCAUCUUUUAGCAUCAUAGAAAUACUGUUGUUUUUGUUAAAAUACCUUUUAUGUGCAUUUAUUAUGUUCGUCACAUUCAAGCACAUUUUUCUUUCAGCUUCUUGAAUUUUUAACAAGGCAGUUUUUUUUCUUUAGGGGUUUCUUAUUUUUGUGCAAGUCCAAAGUAAGUUUUUCAUGUAUAUAAUCAGAUGUAUUUUUUAACCUACAGAGACCUUGUAUAAUAUCUAGCUCAUUUGCCAUGAGCAGGACUUCUCAUGCUCUGCUGGGUUAAUGGCAUUGUAUGUUUGGAUUAUUUAUCUAAGACCUCAAACAUUCUGUUCUAGCUUUUACUCUUCCCCUAUAGUCUACUCUUGGAUAUAUGCUUCCUAAUUCUGAUUUCAUUUAAGUUUAAUAGCAUAGUAACUCUAUCAUUUUCAAUGGAAUUGCAUUGCUUUUCACUAUCAUACACAGUAGUGUCAGACCCUGAGCUCCCUUAAAGAUAUUUAACAUAUACACUGUAAUCCUAUGACUCCUCCAGUUUGUUCAGUGACUAUUUCAAAAAUAGUCUAACCAUUAGAAAGCAUAUACUGCUAGGCCCUCAUUCCCAUCUUAGUUCCCAUCUUAGCUGUGUCACAGGACAGGGAAGCAAAAGUUACACAUUACCCAGACAGAGGUAGUUCUUUUGGUAUUUAAUGGAAAAGUAUUAUUUGUAAAUCUUUCCUUCUUCCAAAGAGUGAAUCAGCUGAGGUUAUUUUCUUGCAAUCCAAAGUAUGUCACUAGAAGGACCAUGGAUAACCACCUCAUUGCCCAUAAUUUUAUAAUGGAAGACUAAUCCAAAAUCAAAGCAUUCUUCAAUACUUUUCACAAUCUUGCACCAAAGUUUAGUAUGUAAAGUGAAAAAUUAUUUUUCUAGUGAAAAUGAACAGAAAAUAAAUACCCACAUUCAUGUAAUAAUUCUUCAUAAAAUUAUUUUUUCAAUAUGCAAUUUAUACACAAAUUAAAUGCAAGAAUUUAGAAGCUUAAGGAAUUAAUUCUGUACUUUGUAUAUGCUUCAUAUCUUGUGUUGAUAGAAGCAUCAAUGUAUUUUGCACCUUACUACCAAAUCUCCUAAUGAAAAUCAUAGGGAAAUGUGUGAGGGAUAAGUGACAUAAGGAUUAAAUUUAUGACUAGUCAAUUGCAUUUUCAGAUGAGCAAUUAAAUUAUUUUUAUUGAUAUAAAAACAUUACAACAGAAGUCCAUCAGGAGACUGUUUCAAGUAUUCAUGGUUUUAAAGCGAAUGCAGAGAAGAAUCUUAAGACAGCAGGUGAUCAAUGUUUUCCUCUAAGUGGAAGUACAGUAAUAGGAGAGGUAUCUUUCUUUCUUUAUAUGAAAAUCUAUUAGAAAAGCUUGUAGUACUUAGAAAAAAAUGGUCCUCAUUAAAUCUUAUAUAAAACCAUCACAAAUACUUGACAAAAAUAGUAUUUCCAUGUAAGUAUUUAAAGUUACUGAGAAAACUGAGUUGGAAGAUAGAAAAAUAAUUGGCUUCCAUUUGAUACUUUAGGAAGUAUCAAGCAGGAAUUCAAGGCACUCAGUUACAUACUGAAGUAAAAAUGUGGGUUGAAUUGUAAGCCUCAUUUUAUAACUAUAGUUACAGUUACAUAACAUUAGUUAUACCUAUAACCUCAGUUUAUAUAACUAUAACCUCAGAUAGCCACAUAAUGUGUUUCCUGAACCAGUGGAUGAUUUGUGAACUUGAAUUUGGGCAGAAAUAGAAAAAAUUCUCAUGCCAGAGAUGCACAGCUAAUAGUAGCAGUGCAAUGAUUGCUGUUAUUAGUCAAAUUCUCCUGCAGUUAACAUGGAAUUUAGAUAGUGCUCUAUAAUCUCAAGGAAGAUUGGUGAAUCUAUAAUAACAUUUCAGGGAAUUACAGAAAUUCUUUAGUAAGGAAAAGGAUAACAUUUGUUACAUUUGUCCCAAGAGACAGAGAAUAGAGACUUUUCAACACUUAGAAAAUGCUGCUUUGGACAUAUAUAGAGAAUUUGAUAGAGUGCUAAGAUUGUUAAAUACAAAUUUGGAUAAAACCCACAUAUUAUCCUGGUACAGGUAUA